AUGUGCAACCUAAAGCUGUCACUUUUCUUCAUUGCUCUUUCUGUCACUCUGAGCUGUUUGGAAGCUACACCUAUCGAGAGUCACCAGCUGGAGAAGAGGAAAUGCAACACGGCCACGUGUGUGACGCAGCGCUUGGCCGAUUUCCUGGUGCGCUCCAGCAGCAGCAUUGGGGCCAUCUACUCACCCACAAAUGUGGGCUCCAACACAUAUGGAAAGAGGGACACAGCGGGGCUAGUAAGCAGAGAACCCCAAAACCAUGCACAGCUUUAG